CUCACAAAAUGGAGCUGCAGUCUAUUCUGACUCUAAGUGGACUUUCACCUGAUGACAACGGCAGAGAACUCACCUGUAGUGCCGAGAACAUUGUGGGCCAGACUGAGGCUUCAGUCCUUCUCAAUAUUCUUUUUCCCCCUACUAUCGUGCAGCUGUACCAGCCCGUGAGGAACCAGGACUGGUGCAUCCCUUUCACUGUGAUGGGCAACCCGAGGCCUGAUCUGCACUGGUACCACGAGGGGAAGCUGCUGGAGGAGCAGCAGUACAUCAAGACUGAAAUCCAUGAAAUCACGGAUACGGAGUACCACGGCUGUCUGCAGCUGGACAUUCCCACUCAUAUCCAUAAUGGCAUCUACACACUGGUGGCUAGCAAUGAGUUCGGAGAGGACAGGGGAAACGUGUCAGCACACUUCAUGCACACACCUGAUGAGGACCACUCAGGGACAGAGGGAGUGUUUUAUUACGACACAACAUUUAGUCCAGAUACCCCACCACUGGAGGACAAAGUAGCGGUUUACAUAGUGGUUGGAAUAGCUGGGGUUGCUUUAACUGGAUGUAUCCUGAUGUUAGUUUUCCUCAAGUAUGGCAGAAGCUCCAAGUUUGGUAUGAAAGGCUCUUCAUCUGUCAUUAGUAAUGACGAUGACUCUGCCAGCCCCCUCCACCACGUUUCCAACGGCAACAACACGCCAUCAUCAUCGGAGAUGGGCCCAGAUGCCGUUAUUAUCGGAAUGACAAAGAUUCCAGUCAUUGAGAACCCCCAGUACUUCCGUAACCCCGGCAGCAUACUGAAAUCGGACACUCUCGUCCAACACAUAAAGCGUCACAACAUUCUGCUAAAGAGGGAGCUUGGAGAAGGGGCUUUUGGGAAAGUGUUCUUGGCUGAAUGUUACAACUUGUCACCUGACCAAGAGAAGAUUUUGGUGGCUGUUAAGACUCUGAAAGAAGCCAGCGAAAGUGGGCGAGCAGACUUCCACCGAGAGGCAGAGCUCCUGACCAACCUGCAGCAUGAGCACAUUGUCAAGUUUUAUGGCGUGUGUGUAGAAUGCGACCCUCUCAUCAUGGUGUUUGAGUAUAUGAAACAUGGAGACCUCAACAGAUUUCUCAGGGCGCAUGGUCCAGACGCGGUGCUGAUGGCAGACGGACAGCACAGUUUGCUGGUGGAGUUAACUCAGCCUCAGAUGCUGCACAUUGCUCAGCAGAUAGCAGCAGGCAUGGUGUAUCUGGCCUCACAGCAUUUUGUGCACAGAGACCUGGCCACACGCAACUGCCUGGUGGGAGAGAACCUGCUUGUCAAGAUAGGAGACUUCGGCAUGUCCAGAGAUGUGUACAGCACCGACUACUACAGGGUGGGUGGUCACACCAUGCUGCCCAUCCGCUGGAUGCCCCCAGAGAGCAUCAUGUACAGGAGAUUCACCACAGAGAGUGACGUGUGGAGUUUGGGUGUGGUCCUCUGGGAAAUAUUCACAUAUGGCAAGCAACCCUGGUACCAGCUCUCAAACAACGAGGUGAUCGAGUGUAUCACACAGGGUCGGGUGUUGCAGAGACCUCGUACUUGCCCCAAAGAGGUGUAUGACCUGAUGCUGGGCUGCUGGCAGAGGGAGCCCUACAUGAGACUCAACAUCAAAGAAAUCCACAACCUGCUCCAGAGCCUGGCCAAGGCCUCGCCUGUUUACUUGGACAUCCUGGGCUGAUCCGUUUGCCAGUAUGGGUGUGUAAUUGUUAGCAAGAAAAAGUGUGUGAAUGCGUGGUAUAAAAGGGAUGGUUUCGAUUAGAAUGAGUGAUUGAAUAUAGAUGUGUUUGUGUGUGUGUUCAUUAAAAAUGGCUUGUGCUUCAGACUUCUCACCACAUAGACUAAAGGCCUUAAAGUUGACUGUGUGCAUUGCUUUGAGUUUUUCCACAUCUGGACAUGUCCAUAUCUGUCAAGCAUCAUUAUGUUUUCUAAAAACCCCAAAUGGUCUACAAACAGAAACAUCUGAUUGUUGUAAAUAUGCGUCAGAGACAAUGUAGACCUUUUGUUUAACAACCUUUUAGAAAAAGGUCAUUUGGUUUAGGAAAAUUUAUAUUUGUUUUUCUUUUACCAUUUGUUUAUCGAGAUGGACAGAAUUCGGACUUGAUGAGGACCUAGUCAUUAGCACAACGCUGUCAAAGCCCUGGCGACAUUCUGGCAGACUUUACGCAAAUUGCAAUACUAUUUAUACCGCAAACUAUCGAGUAACAAUCAUGGAACUGCCAGAUUCAUGUUUCCUUUUUUUUUUUUUUUUUUUACACAUUUGAUCUAAUUUUAGAUUAAUCUGUGCCAAGUUUUGAUGUCUAAUGCUGAGGUUGAUGAAAGGCGUUUUUGGACAUCUCAGUGCGCCCCAUCUUACUCAGUGCGAACUUUGUAAUAGAAGCACAGCGACAAGACCUUUUUUUUUUUUCUUCAGAAGAGGCUUGAGGUUGGACACCGAGUGUUUGGAGUGAGCACAGAGGCAAAGUCACCAGCAGUGGCACUGAAGAAUUUCCUCAGACUUUGUUUGGCUCCCUGGCCAUAUGCGCUGAAGUUCUGAUUCAAAGGGCACUUGUCUCUCUAACUGAGGUUCGAAGAACAAUGAGAGAGAUGUUGUUCUUGUGUCCAUCAGUGGUAACACGUUAGGGUGCUUACACACUAGAAAACACUCUGACCGGACGCUUGAUGAAUUGAAUUGUGCAAGAGGGUGUGGAAAGAGCCAGACUGGAUAAUUCAUCCAGGAUAUUUCCCUGCCUUCGGCCCGAGAGGCUGAGAUAAUUUCCAGGACCCCUACGACUCUAUACCGGAUUAUGGAUGGAUGGAUGGAAAGAGCCAGGACCGUUUGAAAUAAAGCAGAAAUACAACCAAUUGGAUUUCUGAAAGCACAACUGGACCCACCUCCCUGGGAUUCUCAGUAGUCAACAGAGUGCAUUCCAGCCAAAGUACAAAUUCCCUCCACUUUUGGUCACAUAACAGAGCAUCAAAAUCAACAAAUUCCGAGCAUUCUUUGACAUAGCGUAAACUAGUGUGUAGGCACCCUUAAUUGUUGUCAUGUUGCAAUUUGAUGGACUUUGCCUUUGCGAAGACUGAAGAUUUCUUUCUUACCUGUUCCUGGGAAGUAUAUCCAUAGAUGUUGUCCAUAACACAACAGGCCUGCCUGAACAGCUGGAUUUAAUUUGAUCUCGGAUUAUUCAUUAUUAUCUGUUUAUGUAUCAACUGCGAAAUAACUGCUAAAUAAUCUGUGUAUGUGAUAAUCUAUGAUCGGUUUGUUUUGAUGUAUUGUGGGCCGUUUCAAAGCGAUGGGCUUGGUGGGCACUGAAGUGAAUGUUCAUGUGAGAAUGACUCGAGUCGGACUGUCCCUGAGGUCACAACAGGAAGACCCUAUGAAGGGACCGUCCCGAUUCAACCUGUGUGUUUCAACCCCAGAACCAGAGGAGGACGACUGCCAACCAACAGGGUUUAUUUAGACUACAAAUGACUGAAUGGCAACUGAAAUUGUCAUUUUCAUAUGACAUUGUAUUCAGACAGUAUUCAGACCCCUUCGUUUUUUCACAUUUUGCUGUAGCCUUCUGCUAAAAUGUGUUUUCAGUCUACUCUCCGUACGGCAUAACGACAAAGCAAAAACAUCUGUGAAAACUGCAAAUUUAUAUAAAAAAAAGAAUAAUAUAAUAUAUAUAUAUAUAUAUCAUAUAUAUCACAAUGACUUAAGUAUUCAGAACUUUAACUCAAUGCUUAGUUG